UCCCGCCACCAAGUCUCCACACUAUCCAGCCCGGCAGCUUCCGCCCCUUGGACUCAAAUUCCACCAAGGCAAACAGGGCUUGGCGGCGGUAGCUUUUCUCACAGUCUCCUCCGUCAAACCCGGCUCGCUGCCUGCCGCCAUCAUGAACAUCCGCAAUGCUCGGCCAGACGACCUGAUGAACAUGCAACAUUGCAACCUCCUUUGCCUUCCCGAGAAUUACCAGAUGAAAUACUAUUUCUACCAUGGCCUUUCUUGGCCCCAGCUCUCUUACAUCGCUGAGGACGAGGACGGGAAGAUUGUGGGCUACGUCCUGGCCAAAAUGGAGGAGGACCCAGAUGAUGUUCCUCACGGACACAUAACCUCACUGGCUGUGAAGCGUUCCCACCGGCGCCUCGGCCUGGCCCAGAAGCUGAUGGACCAGGCCUCCCGGGCCAUGAUUGAGAACUUUAGCGCCAAGUACGUGUCCCUGCACGUCAGGAAGAGUAACCGGGCAGCCUUGCACCUCUAUUCUAACACUCUUAACUUUCAGAUUAGUGAGGUGGAACCCAGAUACUAUGCAGAUGGAGAAGAUGCUUAUGCUAUGAAGCGGGAUCUGUCGCAGAUGGCAGAUGAGCUGAGGAGGCAGUUGCAGCUGAAGAAGGGGUAUAUGGUGCUGGGCUCCAGGGAGAACCAAGAGACCCAGGGCAGCACGCUUCCUGGUUCCGAAGUGGCCUGUCAAGAGGAGAAGAACCCGGCCACUGAUGGUAGCGGGAGUGACAGCAAGGAACCCAGCGAAUCCACGGAAAGCCCCGAUGCCCAGGACAGUUCAGAAGACUCAGACUCCACCUCCUAGAGCCUGCUUAAGCAUUGCAGGUCCUCGUGUCUCAACCACAUCUGCUCUCCGAGUCCUGACUUAUCCCGUGAACUCUGUAGCAUCUGCUCAGGGGUCAUCUCAGGCCAACCCCAAUGGCUUCUCACUCUCAACCUUCCACAUACCCCACCAGGAUCAUGAUGGAAUACGCGGACACAGGAGCCUGCUGUGCAAACGCCAAGGAAGUUUGAGGCCUGCCAUCACCGAACCGUCCCUGGCCUGCUCACACCGUGCCUGCCAUUUUAUUGUGUUUGUAGUAGUCCUUUGUUGGGUGUGGUUGUCUUGUAAGGUUGUCCCUUCCUAAAAUACACAACAGGAAACAGGGAAAACUCCCAAAGCUCCCGGGCUUUUAGCUUUUGCCAUUGUUUCUCUGGGUUUUCAUUCUUGAGGGGGUAGUCAGGACCAUCAAGUCAGACCUCACGCCCCCUUCCUCUUCCUUUCUCCCCUCUUCUGGUAGAAGUGUUCUGUUUCCUCUUCCUUUCUCCAGGAACCUGUCCUCUCUCACAUCCUCUCCUUUCUUGAAGAGGUGUUCUCCUCCUUCCCCGUGGGAGGAAGUGAUAAGGGCUUCUAUUACGCAAUCAGAACUUGGAGAUUUUAAGAAAAGGACAACCAGUAAUUAAAUUGGAAUAUCUAAUCUGCUUGUUUGUGUCAGUUGUUUGUUUUUUUUUUUUUGGUUAGUGACAUAACUUGCCGUUUAUUGAGAACCUAUAAUGUUCAGGCACAGUGCUAGGGCCUUUAUUACCAAUAUAUUUAAUCCUCUCAGCAACUGGGAGGUAAGUAUUAUUAUCCCCACUUUAUAGAUGGCGAACCUGAAGCUCAAGGAGGCAAAGUAAAUAUCUAGGACCUGAACUCACAUUAUUUGAAUUCAAAGCCAAAAUUCGUUUCACUUUCCUCUUGCUCCUUUUGGCAUUUUAUUUAUAAAAAUGUGAAAACAAUAGCAAAAAAAGGGAGAAUCGAGUUUUAAAAUGUGUUGACUUAACAUGUGACAACUAUAUGUCUUUUGUAAAUAUUUAUAUAACCCACUAUUAAAAUCCUGUUUACUGUUUUCCCCAGUAAAAAUAAGUAAAGGCAAAACAUUUUGACCACUUUUGACGAAGUGCAGCAGAGGUCACCAGAUAAAAUCCAGUUAUCAUUACUUAAUGUUUUUCUAUUCACUGAAUGUGAAUUCCCAUAGUGUGUAAUUUUUCUCAUGUUUAAAUUUUUAUGAAAACUAGUGCAUAUGGUUUAAAGUUAAAGCCCUGACAUUAACCAUCCAAUGACAAGACAGAAAUCUGUUCUCUGUAGUCAUAAUCAGCCCUCCUAAGCUCCUCUUACAAAUCUACUCUAAGAAUGCACUCGAAGAAUGCCUGCCUAAUAGGAAAUGAUUGCCUGAGGCAGACAUAAAAGUUUUUUCCUACAUAAGGAUUUGCCAACACAAACCUCUCAUCCAUCUUUCCAUCUUUACUGUUCUUCUUUUUAAUUUUCUCUCCCAACUCUAAAAACUAUUUUAUUCCUUCCUCUCAAGCAUGUAUUUAUCCCUUUAUUUUUAAAUAUUACAGCUUUCUAACAUCUGUCUCUAGGGCAGCAUAAUCUUACUGGUGAAAUAUUCCAUGUUUUCCUUGAGCCCUUGUCAAUAUGUCUUCGUGUUAACAGCUUAGCAGAUGGAGAAACAGAAGGAGUAGCCUCAGCUUACCUGAAUGAUUUCUCUCCGGCACCCGGCACAUGACUGUCUCUACUAACUUGAUGAUAGGAACUGGAGUAAUUGGAAGAUAAGAAAUGAUGCCUGACCCUUGCAGUGUUAUUUACUAGAACUAUUGGCAGCUUUUUCACGUUACUGUUCGAUCCUUUUUCCCAGUCUCGUACCAGAAGACAGAAUUACAGCAACCUGCCUGGUUUCCACUGUGCCUACUUAGAUAAUGAAAGUAAAAUAAACAAUAAUAAUAUUGCUUUGGGCAUAAAUUAGCAUGUCCCCAGGUGGUUCCAGGGUAAUCACUGUGAUUUAGCAGGAGCAAUAGCUUUCUGCAACAGAAAAUGUGGGAGCCUGUGAUAUUGUUUUAUGUAAUAGCAUUGUUCUUUUUACAUGGGGCUUAUUAUUAUUAUUACUUAAUGGGCUGACUGCUUUUUACUUAAGUGUUGGGUUGGCCAAAAGCUUCAUUUGGGUUUUUCCAUAAGAUGUUGUGGAAAAACCCAAGGUUUUUUGGCCAACUCAAUACAAACCAAGAGAGGCCAAAGCAGGACUUUGAAACAAUGAUGUAGGAGAGUCAGUGGUGAACACCCUCGGACUAGCUAUAGGAAAUGACCCACACCCACUCCUGUACUUGCUGCUUUAAAGAAACUACCUGGUGGGCUCAGGUGUGUGAGCAUAUUGUUCAGAAACACUAAUCCUCAAGAUGCAGGGUUUUCUCUGGCUAAUAGAAACUUGUGAAUGAAGUCUGAAGUCUGAGUUACCUAGUUGGAAUCUGUGUGUUUUCCCUUUGGAGAUAAGACUAAGGAACCGAAAAAAAAAAAAAAAGACUAAGGAACCGAAAGUGACUGAAACAACAAUGGGGAAGUAGAUAUGUGGGAGGGGCAGAGAGGGGUGCCGGAAGUUAGUUCAAAGCUGGGUAAACUAGGAAAGGAUAAGGACUCUGAAAUAGUUGAAAGAAAGUUUGCUGAAGCUUUUACAGGCAGAUGGGUCAUUUGGGGACCAUGUUAAAAUGAAGGUUUUUUUUCAGUAUGGGGGGGAGGGGCGCGGGGAUGCUGAGUGUCUGAAUUUCUAACUAGCUCCUGGACAAUGGGCAAUGCUGAUGUUGCUGAUCUAGGUAUCACACCUUGACUUGUAGGUGUCUUAACAGUUAUAUCGAGCCAUGGAACUAGUCCAGAAUAACUGUGACUGGCCUGUAGGUUGGUUUGUAUUAGACCCCCAAUAAUUUAGAAUAUCAUUCUUAAAUACACAUGCAAAUCUUGUUUGUCUUAGGAAUUUUGUCAUAUGAGGUUGAUGACCUAAC